GCUGAUUGGUCAGAACGCAACGUAAACCCCGCCUCCUGCAAUUUGUAUCAGUGAAACAUUCCAGAACGUUCUUUUUUCUUCUCUAAGUCACCGUGUAGAGCGGUAUACAGUGUCACAUUCUUCCAUUCAUUAACUGCUGUAACUUACCUGUUUGUUUCCCGUCACUUACACUGUUACUGAGACUGUAGUUAAAGCGUCCCAUAGGUAAGUGCGCGUUUAAAGUUUUUUUUUAUUUUCUGAACAGUUUAUGUUAUUAUUAUGUUUGGUGUCUGAAAUAUGUAGAUAACAGGGUAAAUAUAUGGGGACAUAUUGUGCUUUGUAUGAGACAGCAGUACAAAUGCAUAUGUUCUGUAUUAAACAUAUUCUGGUUUCGAAGCACUUGAAGUAACAAGGUUAAAAAUCUGUCAGGAACCAGGUUAAAAAUGUCCCUAGCUUUCUGACAACAACUAGGUUAAAAAACCUAUUCUAUCUGACUGGCAUUCAUGUAUGGUUUAGAAUUUACUUACUUUUUUUCACCAGGUUUGGCUAUUUUGGAAGUUGUUUUCUAAUUGUUCUACAACUCCCAUUAUGCAUUGACAGCCUUAGGCAAACAGAGCAUUACGACAAUAGGAGUGGAAGAUAUACCUUUUAGUUAUGCCUUGAAUAAUGAAUAAUUUAUUUAAAAUUAUUAGAUUAGCAUUGCAACCCAACGAAAAAUACAAUAAAAUCUUCAUUUUUAUGUAUGACUUUAAUUUAUUUUAUUUAAUUUAUUUAAAGAAGAGAAAGUCAUGGAUUAUGUCAGAUUCAUGUGGCAUGUUUAGACUAAAAUACUGCAUAAAUUCAGGCUCUAGGCUUAAUAAUUUAAUUAGAGAGGUUAAGAGUUAGAUAACUCAAGACUCAAAGUUUUUAAUUCAGUCGUGUCACCGAUAUUUUCAGAUGUGAUUCUUUAUCGGUACAUAAAUGACUCGUAUAUUUAUAAUAUAUGAAAGAAAGAAUAACAAUAAAAAUAUUCUCGUGCAAAAUUACACAUUUUUUUUUUUUGCUUAAUAUUUAUAGAGGAAGGUUAUGUUUUAAUUUUUAGGUUUUCUAAAAAAUAGUUGGUUUUCUCUCCAUUGUCAAAACUCUUAGACCAGGGGUAGUCAACCUUUAAAUACCUAGCGCCCACUUUUGUAUCUUUGUUGAUGGUAAAUUUUCCUUAUCACCCACCAGUGCCACAGUAACACAUUUUUAUAGUGCAAGUGUGAUUUUUAAAUAUUUUUUUCACUUUUUAAGAGGGUUUUAAAAAAAAUAAUAUAUAUAUAUAUAUAUAUAUAUAUAUAUAUAUUUACUUAUUUUUUUUCUAUUCUACUUUUUUUCUAUGUGUGCCCGUGAGGUGUUUGUGUGUGAAUGUUGUAGUGUGUGAGGUGCUGUGUGUGUGUUUGAAGGCUGUGUAUGUGUGAAAGGUGCACAGUGUGUGUGUGUGUGAAGGGUGCACAGUGUGUGUGAGGGGUGCUGUGUGUGUUUGUGAAAAGUGCUGUGUGUGAAGCAUGCAGUGUGUGUGUGUGAGGUGUGCUGUGUGAGGGUGGCAGUGUGUGUGUGAGGGGGCAGUCGGUGUGUGUGUGAGGUAUGUAGUGUGUGUGAAGGGUGCAUAGGGUCUAUGCUGUGUGUAGGUGGGUGGGAUGUGAAAAUCUAUCUUAAUGUCUCCCCCUCCCUUCUUCUUAGCUUUUACCAGUAAGAGGGAACAUAAUGCUGCAAGCCCUGGUGGUCCUCCAGCUGCAGGGUGACUCUCCUGUCCUCCUGCAGGCCUCCCAGGCCCUUCCCUCUGCUGGAACUAAGUGCCAGCAGGCUGAUGAGGAAUAUCUUUGAUCUCCUUAUCAGCCCGAUAGGGCUUACAGCAAGGCUGGCUCUGCAUGGUCUGGCAAGGGAGAUGAAAGGAUCUCCCUUGCCGGCCUUGGUACACGGCCAUUGAGGCUCACUGGAAGUUUUCUGCAGAACUGCCACCGCCCACUUGAAAUCCCAAACCACCCACUAGUGGGCGGUAGGGACACGGUUGACUGGCUCAUGAGCAUGCGCUCUGAGCCAGCAAAACAGUCUAAUCUCAGGAUUUUCAUAGAGAAGCCGUGAUUGGACUAAGCUUGGCUCCUGCUUCCGUCAGACGGAGGAGAGAGAUCGUUGCUGGAUAACAUGUAAGUUUUAAUACUUUGAGUGGGUGGAGCUAUUAGCAAUUGCCAAUAGGACAUUGUAAGCCCCAUAAAGUGAAGUGUAAAGAAGGCUGGAGUAAACCUUUAACAACGUUUACACCAUAAAUCCUAGACAGGAGGUUUUACAAUAAUAUUAAAACAUUGCAACAUGGCUAUUUAACAUUAAGUAACAUUACUAUUGAAGGGGAGACUGGAAAAUAAUAUUAAAUACCCCGUGUGAAUAGUUAUAAGGAUUACUCAAGGACUGUGUGUUAAUAUGAUUACCAAUAAAGUCAAUCCCCAACAGAGGGCUUAACUUCACUAUUUACCUGCCAUAAAAGCAGUACUUUUAUUAUAAUACUUAAAAAUCCUCUAGCGUUAAAGACAAAAAGGAAAAAAGAAAACAAAUACAAAAGUAAUUGGUAAACAGGGACCGAAGGGGGGAGUAAUCAACACUUGCUAUCACAAAUUAAACAGUCAGUACUGGUUAAAUCUGAUUCUUCUCAAAUGAGCAAACUUCAACUGGUAGAAUAUGAGCUGAUACAGUGUAACCUUAAAGGAUCCUAUAGUGUCAGGAAAACAAAGCAGUUUUCCUGACACUCUAGUGCCCUGAGGGUGCCCCCACCCUCAGGGUCCCCCUCCCAUGGCGCUGAAGGGGUUAAAACCCCUUCAACAGCUUACCUUAUUCCAGCGCCGGGCUCCCUCGGCGCUAGUGACCUCUCCUCCCCAGCCGACGUCAUCUUCUGCUGCUGACGUCAGCGGAGCCGAAGACACAGCAAAUGCCGCGCACGCAUUCAAAGUGUCCAUAGGAAAGCAUUUCUCAACACUGGCUGCCUUGCAUGUGUUAUUAUUUUUUCUUUUUUUGACCACAAAAUCUACAUUACACAAAAUAGUAUUUCCGGAGUUGCAGCUGGUGAGUUUAUCUGAUAUCAAAUUGUAGUCUACUUCAUUUGGUGUGUUUAUUUGAAACAGGAAGAGUGGGUGAUUUUAGUGUUUAAUGCAGACAGUGAAGUAGAACAACUAUUUAGCAAAAUGUAGAGCUUUUUUUGCGAAUGCUAGGUCUGAAUUUAAACUUUUUGUCUCCUUCCUUUGCAGAAUUAUUCUGAAAUUCAGCAUUCAAACCAAUCUUUGGUAAGUACUCCGUAACAAGUCUACUUUAGAACAUAGUGAUAUCCAUACAUUUUGUUUAAGGGCCCAAAUAACAAUCGCUAUGUAGUAUGUAAUAGAUAUAGCCGCAAUGAAAACAUGCAUGCAUCUAACACUUUCUAUCCAAUAACAGACUUUCCAAUGCAGCUGAAUGAGAAGAUGCUGAAUUGAUGAAGUAUGAUACUACUAGGCUUCAUGUUCAUUAUCCAUAUGGCUUUGUUGAAACCACUUAAAGCCUAAAUCAGAUGUUGUGCAGUUUUUAAUACUACACAUUCACUUUUACAGAGAUUCCAGUUUCUACUCAGCUUAGAUGCACAUUGAUGUGGAAUUAGAUUUAAAGCAUAUUUAGUCUGUUACCAGCAAGAUCACACCAGUCAGACAGUUCAUUGUUCUACUUCUUUGUAUUUUUGUUACCAUUGUCAUUGUAGAUUAAGCGUCAAUAGGAAAUGUACAUAUACCCUUCAAUUCCUGGAAAGUGCUAGGGACAAUUUGUGUUGAAGCUACCAGUCAUUGUACAUAUAAACUAGCCAUUCUAUAGUGUUUUGUUGUUCUUGUGUUUUUUUUUUGUUUUGUUUUUAAAUAUAAAUAAAAUAAUGGCCCCUCAUUUCUAGCAUGCAUGUGGUUUUCCUGCAUCCUUGCAUGCUGUCACUCUAGGACUUAGAGUGACAGCAUGCAAAGGUGCAGGAAAACCACGUGCAUGCUAGAAAUGAGGGUGCGCAGACUCUAGGUUGUCAGCAUAAUGAAAAAUUAUAUAUUGAUUGCCUAAGGAAGUGUUAGCAUUUAAAACUGAGCCUGGUAGGUUCACUUGAAUAUAUUUCAAAAAUUAGCAAAUUUGUAUUAUCAAUCUCAAUUAAAGUUAACCUUAUUUUAAGUGUUAACACACACUUAAGCAGUAAAUAUAUAACUAAUUAUAAAGUAUAAUGGUAUAUGUUCUUGCUUUUGCAGUUAAGUAAUUACUACUUCUGUAGCAUAUGUACCAGCAGUGUUACUUUGUUUUCUCUAUGUAGCAGUGAGGGUUAAUGUAAACAUUAGGGAUUCCCAUUUCACAGUCCAUCUGCAUAGCUCUUAAACAUAAAUUGACCAACGCCUUAGCCUAUAAUAAUAAGAGACGCAUGCCCUAUCUUUCUGCUAUAAGUGUGCUCUGCCCUCGGAGGAAAGAACAUUGCUAAGGGGCAGUAUAGUUGUCAGAUGCCAUCCUUCUCCAGUCUGUACAGUUCUGGGUAAGAGGGUGACUAAUACCCAUUAAACAAAGUGCCAUCCAAAGACCCUAAUUAAAUGUAGGUACAAAGGAGCAGUUUACACUAACCUUAGCUUGGUAAAUAUAAAUAAACACCACUUUUAUUAUUAUUUUUAAAUAUAUUUUGCAUUGAUUCUUGUGAUCAUUUAUUUGUUGUAAGUAAUAUAUGUUAUAAUGUUCAGCUGAUUAUUUCAGUGAGUGAAUUCAGGCACCACCCAAUACCUAUAAGGCAAUUGCAUAUUAAAUGAAUAUUCUCAUUAUCUAAAUUUGUAUCUCCUAACUUUUGACUCGCUCAUAUAGAACACUCUUCAUGGUGUGUAGACUGUGGUAAGCCUUAAGAACAGUUUGCAUGGCGUUGUGGCACAAACUGAAAAAUAUUACCUUUUUUCACAUCUGUCUAAGCACUUGUGAGUUUAACAAAGCAAUUCAAGACUGAUUCUAAAGAUUCCGUGCUCAAAAGUACUGCAUAAUCUAUAGUAGUUAUGGUAGUUGAAUUUCUUUUAAUCCCAGUUGGGUAAAUCACUCAAAUACUAGAAGAAUGAUUACUAUUAAAAAUUUUGGGUAAUUUUUCUGUUGGUCUAUCAUUUCUGGGGGUUUUUAGUGGUCUAUCAUUUCUUGGGGGUUUUAGCUUGUAUAAUAAAUGCUAAAUUGAUGGUAAAAAGGGGAUAGACAGCAAGUAAAAACAAUGGCUCGGUUUAACUUGAAAGCUGUUUUUAAAAAGUGUAUCGAAAUGUCAGUGAAAGCCAAAUUUUGCAGUCAGUAAGUAAACUCAAUCCAUUAAUCCCCAGUUCUUUUGAUUGUUCAUACGCCAUUUAAUACGUUUUGUUGGUACCAAAUAGUUUGAGAAAGCACAUGAUCUCUUUCUCUGUUAAGCUGGGUGAUGCAAACUUUUUUUUUAGUUCCUAGUAUUGACUUUGGUGCCAGUGUUUGAGUGGUGUGUCAGUGAGUUGCCAGUGAGUCAUUGAGUUCAUUUGUCAUUUCACAUGUGAGUGAAUGCCAGUGGUGUAUUUAUAGACAAAGAGCUGAAGUAUUUAAAAUCCUCCAUCUUUCCACAGUGCUCAGUCGGCAUUCCGUGCAGUUGAGACCACAACACUUGUGACCAAACAUAUCUGCUUGAGAACGUAAACUUGAAGAUGGCUGAGAAACAGAUUAGGUAGGAAUCAUGGGUGAUUAUGUUAAGUGAGCUUUAACUAUGCCUUACUUUUUUAUUUAAGUUAAAAAACAAAAAGUAUUUUGUAUAGUUGAAUAUAAUUUUUAUAUUUGUUUAUCAUUUAUAAAAUAUUUCUAAGAAUUAAAUUGAUGGGACAGAUUGUAUAGACAGUACUGCAUGAUGCUCGCUAUCAUUUGUACAUUAUUUUCCACAAUGCAUGGUUCGACUGCUACAGAGCAUUUCAUGGACUCCAAAUCUCAGGGUUGUGCUAGACAUACGCACAAUUUUGUAUAAUGGCCAAUUUAAAGCAGUAUCCUCUGUGACACAAGACUGUAGUACAAAACAAUUCCGUGUCUCUAAAAGGCACAGACUGAGACUCCAGUUGUUUUUUAAUGUGUUAUGAACUGUUCUACGCAAGUCACAUUCUUCGCUUAUUAUAUAUAUAUAUAUAUAUAUAUAUAUAUAUAUAUAUAUACACACACAUAGUGGUGUAUCCUGGUUUUGUGCAGCCCUAGGCAUGACAAAACUCAGGCACCACCAUCAACCCCACUGCCCCGCCUUCUAAAUACACAUACACUCUUACUGACAGACACACAUACACUAGCUAACAGACAUACACACUAGAUAACAGACAUACACACUCACUAACAGACACACACACUCACUAACAGACACAUACACUCACUAAAACACACAUACUCUCACUAACAGGCACACACACACUCUCUAACAGACACACACACACUUUCUAACAGACACACACACACUAACACUCACUAAUAGACACAUACACACUAACAGACACACAUGCACAAACACACUCACAUUUAUUUUUAAAUUCAAUCCCGCCAGCCUCCCUACCUUUGGGAGUGCUGGGGUGGAUUCUCGCUUUCCCUGGAUUCUCUCCAGUUGGGCUGCUGGGUGGCCGGCCGGUCCCUGCAGUCGGCGAGGGAGCACUGAUCCUCCCGUUCAGCUCCCUCGUGCGCCGCGUAGUGAUGCCAGGGCCGCAGUGGUGUCAUAUUCCGGAUCUGGCAUUACUGUGGUGCGUGCGAGGGAGCUGAACAGGAGGAUCAGUGCUCCCUUGCCGCCCACCUGGAAAGUGCCGCCACUGCCAGCCUCGGGGGGCCCUGAGUUGGCCAGCUCCUGGGCCCCCCAGGACAAGAGGCUGGCAAGGCAUUUGCCAGGGUGAUUGGGGGGUGUCUUUUUUUGCCACCCCCCAGGAAUCCAGUUAGGGACUAGGCAGAGCUAUAUUCCACCCCUUGGUAAAGCAGUUUCACCACAAAGUACUAAAAGAUACUUUCCAAACAAGCACAGGAAGUUUCCAGUUAUGCUAUGUACCAGUAGUCGUGGUAUUUGUAGCACAUAUAUAUAUAUAAAAAAAAAAAAGAAUCCUGAGAGCCAAAUAAUUUUAUUUCUGUUAUUGAAAAACAUUGUUUUGUUUCUUUUAUUUAAGCAUGCCUGCCAAGUUCAUCAAUGGAGGUAUUGCCGGAAUUAUUGGUGUGACUUGCGUCUUUCCUAUUGACUUAACUAAAACUCGGCUGCAGAAUCAGAGAAACGGACAACAGAUCUAUAAAAACAUGUGAGUUGUCAGUUUUACUUAUGCAUUGAUGUUUAUGACAAUAAUUAAUAGUUAUUACUAAAAAGUUAUGGUUUUGUUUUUCUCUCAUUUCUAAACUAUACAUUUUGAAAUAUAUACAAGCACGGGCUAUUUGAUCAGCUUGUAUAUGAACAUGAAUUCUUUCUAACAUGGUGUUGUUCUUUCAUUUCAGGUGGGACUGUUUACGAAAGACUGUUCGCUCAGAAGGUUAUUUUGGAAUGUAUAGAGGUAUGUUACACAUCCUGCAAAGCUGAUACCAACACAUUGUAUGUGUACCACUUAUUUAAAUAUAGCUUUUGACCAAUAAAAAAAAAAAAUGGAUUAAUUCAUUUUGUGGACGAGAAGUAAACUGUUUUAAGAAAGGGGAACAAUAUCAGUUUUUUAUAGUCUUUCUAAAGAUGCCAUAUUAAUGAACUUUUGAGAUGGUCUCUGAUAUGUUUGAUGUUGGACAAGUUCCCAUAUAAUUAGCUUUACUACAGCCUAACUGGACCAUGCAAGUGAUGCAUGCCUGCUGUAGAAAACACAAGUAUAAAUUUUGUAUUAUUAUUAUAAUUUUUUUUGUAAAGUAUGUUUUUGGUUUGUGCCAUGUAUUCAUUUUUUACCAUCUCAAUUACAAGCUACAGCUUAUACGGUAACAUUGCUGUUAGCCUUUCAGUCAUGUAAUACCUAUUGUGUUAAAUGUGCUGUCACGGCCUGCACAGUGGCAUGAUUAUUCUAGUGAUUCCAAAGAAUAAGAUUUUGUGUUGUGUAUAUGGCUUCCUUGGCACCAUAAAGACGUGCUUAAUGAAAUGUUGAAAGUAUCACAUGAGCUCAGAUGUAAUUAUUAGCUGUAAUAUAACAAAAAUGUUAGUAUUGUAUGGUGACAUGAUUGAAUAAUAAAAUUGUUAAUAUGGAGGCAAAAAAUAUAUUGUAAAUAUUACUGAGUGGCUUCAGUUGGCCAACUGUAGUGCCUGUUAAAUCUCCCAUGUUUUAUUCCCCCUAGAAGCCACUCAGGCUGUCAUCCUUAUGAAGUUUAUAAAAUAAGAACCAUUCACUUUGUGUAAUGAUAUAUUUAUCCCCGAGGAAAAUUUUUAAAUUAAUGUAUAUGUCAAUAUAUUACUUCUGGUAGAAAGAUUUGAUUAUAUAACCAUGAUCCACAAACAUUAGUUUACCCUACUUCUUCCCUGACUCUAAGUACCCUGUUACAUUCCAUCAGUUGUAGUAUCAGGCAUUUCAGUAGUCAUGUCUUUAUUAUUUUCAAUGCUGGACACUGUUGUAUGCAGAAGAAUGUUGUUUUGUUGCAUCUGUGUUUUUCAUAUUGCAGACCUUUCGACGUGGAUUUUGAGGGCUAGCCGAUCUGGCGAAGCCACGGUGGAUCAUUAAAAUGGUUCUUACAGUACUGCUUACAACUGUAAUUAGGCAAAACUCUUUUUUUCAUGUAUAUUUAUUAUUUUUAUUGUUACAUUUUUAGUUUAAAUUUACGUUUUUUUUUUUUUUUACUAUUACUCUUACUUUUAAAGUACAUAUAGGAUUCAUCUUUCCCUUGCCUUUCUCCUAUUUCUGUGUUUUGUUUUUUCUUCCUUAAGUCAGUUCAUUGAAACGCCUAACAAGGAUAGUUGCUUGAUAUUUUUCUUGUGUAGUAUUUUCACCAUCCAUUUCAUGAUAGAAGCUUCUAAUGUUAAUACACCCUUUAAGAUAUACAUACAUAGCUCUUUGUGUUGCAGAUUCCUUUAAACUAUUUUAUAAAGAGUUAAAAUAACUCAAAUUAAUUAUUGUUUGUUAAAAUAAUUCCUUUUGGUGCACCUUACUGUCACCUGUAAUCUCCUUGCAUUGGGAGUUCAAGAACUGUCUUAUCUCUUCUUAUUCAUAUUUAAUAGGUUACCAUUCUGUGCAUGAUUUAUAACAUGAUUUGUUUUAACUCUAUACCUCUAACAUCUUGGGGCUUAGGUCUCCUUUGCUUUUGUUAUAUCUAUGUGCCUUUCUUUUAUCUUUUGCUCAAUAUGGCUACUUUUGAUUUUGGAAACCUUGCAAAGAUAGUUCUUCAUAUUAAAAUGGAAGUACUGCCUUUAAUGCUUAGCAUUUAUUUUCCAGUGCAAAAAAAAGUAUAUUUGAAAUUUAGAAAAUAUUAUUAGAAAGAAGUUAAACAGCACAUGGACUAACAACUAAUAUUCAAAUUAAACUAUUUUACUUUUUAAUUUAAUUCAAGGCAAUGAAAAAUAAAUAUUUACAUUAUAGUCAAGUGACACAUUGGUAGGUACCAAAAUGCUGGUACACGGUACUCAAAAUGAUCAUAAAACUUUAGUUUUACUUUCAGUGUGUUUUUCUGUAGCAAUGCUGAAAUUAAUAAGACAUAUUAUGGACACACUGUUCAUUAAAAUCAUUUAUCAUUUUAAAAUAAUGAACACUGGGAUACAUGCAUUAAGUAAACUUUAAAGAGUCCCACUUGACAUACUGUCACACACAUGCAUGUUAAAAGCAUGCUGUCAUGUUUAUUUGUGCAUAAUGAAUUUCUCCUAAUUCUGUCCAUGUUGUGUAUUUUUUGCCCUGUUUUUGAAUAUAAUGUCUGUUUCAAAGCAUCAGCUUUGCAUCCUGCAUAUAAAAUAUAAAUUGGAAGUCUUUUCUUUGUAACUUGAUUUGGUAGCUAAGGUCAAUCAAUGUUCAAGUUGCAAACCUUAAGUCGUGAUAAAAAGUAUGAAGGACUGACCCUUAAUUAAUAUUCUUUUAGGGUCUUUAAGGGAACUUUCAGCCACUUACCUUGGCCUCUGCUCCCUUGCCGUGAUUACUUUAGCAAGGACCACCCCUGCUCCACCUCUGCUGCUUUCCAGUCUGCCCCCACUUCUCCUUUGAUAAUCACAUAUUUGCCCUGUUUGACAACAAUUCCCCAAGCAGGGCAAGUCUCCCUCCUCAGUGACUCUGACACAUUGGCUUCAUUCCCACUGAACGAAGUGAUGUCACGCCGUUCCAUUGCUAGCUGUGCACUGUGAAUGCUAUGGGUAGAGAGCAGAAGGACCUCCUGUAGGAGGUCUCUUCUGCCAUCCCUUUCAAUUAAUUCCUCUGCAAAGGAAUGGCUGCCAAGAAAUUGAGAGAUUAAUGGGAGAAAAACCCAUGGUUAAAUAGUUUUUCUCCCAAUCUAUAUAUUUACUAGCAAAACUGCUAACACAAUGUAUAGAUAUAAUUUUACAAUUGAAAACAAUAUGGUUAAAUAGUCCCUCUGUUUACCAAACAGCUUAGAACAGAACAUUUAGAAGAAAAAAAGUCAACAACACAAAGACAGAAUUAGGAGAAAAACAAUAUUAUACAAAACAUCUAUAGAUCAGAGUUAAAUGUAAUUGAUGUAGCCAACAAUUUGCAUAAAAAUUUCUUACAACAUUUCCCACUGCAUCUUUUUUACUUUUAUUUCACACUGUUUUUAUUUUAAAUAUAUUAUUAUUAUUAUUAAUAUUAUUUAUUUAAACAUCCAUUGUAUGUGGUUAGUGUCAUUUUGAAGAAUGUAAAUAUGUAGAAAAUUAUUUUUUGUUUUUUGUGUGAAAAUUUUUAAGCUCUUUUAUUUAGAUUUGUUGUCAUUUUACAGGUGCAGCAGUAAACUUGACUCUAGUGACUCCAGAAAAGGCAAUUAAGCUUGCUGCUAAUGACUUUUUCAGACAUCACUUGGCAAAAGAUGGGUAGGUUGCUCCUUUUAAUAACUGUGUAAAGUCUUGUAGAAGAUUUAAAUAUCUUCUCAUACGUGAACCCCCUACUAUUUCAUAGGUAAUAGAUGCAUCCCUGGCACACAAUUCAGUAAAAUCAUACUAUCAUUUUUCCUACUACAUUUUUAAUUUUGUUUUGUUAGUCUGUCGUGAGCUUGCAAGUAUUGUUUACUAUGGAGAAUGCAACUUUUAAGCAACAGGAUCUGUUCACACUUUGGAAGCCUGGAAAAUAAGUAUCUUUCUAAAUUCAUACAUUUUUAAGGGACUGCUGUGGUUAGAAUUGAGCCCCUUCCGCUUUCUUGGAAUACCAGGAAUAUGUAUCCCAUGAACCACUGCACACUCCCUUUAAUUAACACUUUGUUCUAAAAGUGUUUAAAUUUAAAUUGCUAGAUUGUUUGUUUGUUUAAUACUGUACUUUAAAGGGUAACUAGUAAAAAAUGGCACUAUUUUGAAUGCAUUAUGCAGAUUAAAAAAAAUAAUGCACAAUUAGGAAACAAUUAGUAUCAGGCAGCUAGAAAAAAGCACUCUAGCUUCCUGAUUGACAUCUCACAUAUGCUGUGUUAUAGUGGCAGCCACUUUCAGAGAUGAGAUCAGGCACAGGGUGAUCUGUGCAGCAUCACUGUUGCAAUUAUGGAAGUUGUGAUGAUGCUUUAACAUCAUGGAAAAAAGAUAAAUCAGGCACAGGUUAUGAAGAGUACAUGUUUGCGUCUAUAACUAGGAGGUUCGGUUUCAGUGUAUGUAGAGAGUAACACACCACUGAGCGUAAAACUCUUUUGAAAAGUCAGUAGAUCAGUCUCCUAUCCAUAGCUGCAUUGAGAGCAGCACUGGAAAUCCUUACUAAUAAGUUCCAGAAAAAAAAGUAAAAUUCCUAAUUUCAAAGGAAACAAUUCCAGUGUUUUAUAUACAGCCUUCCUUAUGAAUCCUAGCCUUUCCUCCUGCUGCCUCCUAAAGCCAUCUAUUCUAACUUUGUCCCACUCUUUAUCUAAAUGUUUCUGAAGGUUCAAGUUCAUCAAGCAGGACUUUCCAUCUUUAAGCUGCACAUAACAUAAGUGAAUAAUUCAAUGAACAAGAUCAUUCUAUAAACUGAGGAUGAUUGCCUUCGAGGGGGAUUACCUGUUUGAAGACUUUAAACAAAACAUUUUAUUGUACCAGUUAAUUUGUGCGUCAAGAGAAAACUCUUAAAACUACUUAUCAGUUAUAGUAGCAGAACCAUGCAUGUUAAUGUUGUAAAAUGGACCAAUGCCAGUGUGAAUACCAGCAAAGAUACAGCCAGUGACCUGCAUAUUCAGGUUUUGCAAUAGCUGCCACCUAUCAGAUGAACUAACUCAAGUGUGUUUUAACACUCUGGGAAAUUGGACUCUGCUUCCAUCUGCAAUCUGCCUUUACACUUUAUCUCUUGAAGGUAAAAAUAGCAUCCCCGGGUAACACAUACUGCGUGAUCCGACCAUACUUUCAAGAGGAACUAGCCCAUCAAAUGGAGAACAUAUUUCCAUUUAAUUAUACAUUAAUUUGCCUAAAACCGCCUGGAAAUAGCUAGACCUUGACAGUUAUGGAAAUUUUCCUUGGUAACUUAUGAUUCAUUGCAUGUGAUUCAUGUAUAUGCAAUAAACGCUAGAAACAGGCUUGCACAAAUGCACAUGGCAGGGUUUCAUUGUAAAAUGACAGCACUUACUCCUUAGCUUCCGCAGACAAAAUUAGAUUUAAAGUGCAUUUUCUCCCGAAGUAAACACCUUAGAAAUGAUGAAUAUAACUUGCAAAACUUUAAGACUUCCAUUUCAAGGAGAGACUGUAGAUUCUGAUACCUCGAAAGAGAUGUUUAUUUCCUGCAGUAUAACAACUGACAAUAUUUAGCUUUUUGAUUGUUUUUUUUUUUUUUUUUUAGAAAAUCCUUGACUCUUUUUAAAGAAAUGCUGGCUGGAUGUGGGGCUGGAACUUGUCAAGUUAUUGUCACCACUCCAAUGGAAAUGUUAAAAAUCCAGCUUCAGGAUGCAGGGCGACUAGGUGAGUGUCUUUAGUAAAUAGCAAACCUCUAAUCUGUGUUCUAUGAUUGGCCCUCUAAGCAACAUAUUCACUACUGCAUUGAUAAUGAAAUCUACUCUCACCCAGUCAUCACCAUUUAGGUUGUUAAGCUUAGCACAUCCAAUGUGGCUGGAGAUGGAGUAUUUUAUAUUUGCCAGGGUUAGAUGGUUUUCCAAAAGGUGUAGGUCAGAGGACACCCAGAGAUUAUUGGCAACAAAAACACACCACUAUGGUGGUUAGAGUGUUCCUUUAAGUGAAACUUUACCUAUGUGGUAUGUAAAUAUUGAAUAUCUGUUUUGCCAUAUUCAGUUGUUUUUUUUCCAGUUGGGUAAUUAAUAAAGCAGUAGUUGUUUAAUUUGACCCCUCAGGUGUUUUUAUAGUUUAUAGUGAGCAGCAGGUCCACAUUUUUAAAAUGUGUUGAUUUCAUGAAAACUGUGGCUAAAGAAACCUCUGUAGUGUAUUUUUGGACUCUUUGAAACCACCCGCUAUAAUUUCAAAAUUAUAUAUUAACAUGCUGUAAACAUUUAUCACUGGUACAAUCUUCAUUCUGCCUUUUGUAAAUCUCUCAAAAAAUAUCUGUCCGAUAAUUUCCAAACACUUAAACAGCUUGGAAUGUCAAGGUGUUUAAGUGUUUGCAAACUAUUGGACAGAUAUGUCAUGCUGGCUGAGGUUAUCCUUUUCAUUGGUUUGUGAUUUUUUUUUUUAUUGGCAUGUGGUUGUAGUUACUUUUUUGCAACUUGUUUAACUGUAAGAUUUUAUAUUUUAGAUUAUACUAUUCCCAAGUUAUAUAGUUUUUCAACUACUAUAUAAUUAUGACAGACUGGUAUUUUAUGCAAGGUUUUUGAAUUAUUUUCUCAUACGAUUGGUGGCUCAUUUUAGAUCUUGGGUAGGCUGUGCUAUAUUUUGUAUUUAUUAUUAUUAGUAGUAUUUAAUCUGCAAAGCAGGUUUUUUACUGUUGUUCUUGCAAUAAUACAGAAUUGCUCUUGUUGACAAUUGAAAUUGAAUUCAUAAUUUUAGUAAAGAAAUAUAUAAACUGUGAAAAAAUGCUCAGCUAUGUUUUCAGUUUGGUUGGCAGAUGUUUUAGUGAAUAACCUUGUGUGUCAUUGGGAGGCUGUGUUUAAAGCAGUUCUGUAAAUUUGCCGUCAAUAUAAUCAAAGGACAUAUCCUCACAUAGCUAUUAUUAUUAUUUUUUAAUCUGUGUAUUUACUAGGGAUCUGGCCAGCAUCAAUAUUUCCACAGAUAAAAAGUACAACUACCCGAAGAUGACCAUGCCAUUUACACAUAGGUUGUAGACCCAUUUUGAGAUAUACAUCUUUGCUGUAUGGUUAAUUAUUAAAGUGUAUUCUAUUUUUCAGCAUGUCAUCAGAAAGCAGCAGUAGGAAUACCAUGUCUGCAGCCUGGCUCAAAGCAUCUAAACGUAGUCCAUGCACUUUCAAGGGCAUACAAUGUUGGACCAACUUCAGUGACUCAAAAGAUCUCUGCUACACAGAUUGCCUCUCAACUUCUGCGAUCAGAGGGUGUUAGAGGACUUUACAAAGGAUUAGGAGCAACUUUAUUAAGGUACAAAAUAUGACUUUUAAUAUAUAUUUUUAAAUAUAUAAUUGUUAUUAAUGUUUUCAUUUGCAGAAAAACAUAAUGCAUUACACCAUGUUAACAUGUAGGCUUUUUGUACAAUGGUCAUACAACAAAGUAUACAAUGAAGAUGCAUUAAGACAAAGUGGCCAUACAUCAUAAGUACAGUGCAAGGUAAAUUAUUACAGUUACUUUAUAUUGGAUAUUUAUGAUUUGAAGAAUAAGGGUGGUUACAUAGCGUAUAACAUUCCUUGGGCAUGUCGCUGACCAGCACAUGCAUGUACUCUAUUCGGUAAUACAAAGAAGCCAGUUUCAUAAACCAUAAAAUUAACUGGAGGAAGAAAUAAUAAACAAAAGAAACCCCCUAAAUUUCUAUAGCUAACCUAAUUUGCAAUAGUCUCUGCAUGGCACGUGAUCCCUGUAUUAGCAGCUACAUUAUAGAUCGAUUCGUCAGUUGAGGGGUUUACAGCUGUCUUCUAUGGUAAAAAAGCGUUGCCUUAGUACUUGUCAUUAUGUGCUAGUGAUAUGGGUGUCUGGCAUCUGUGCAACUACUCCACAGUUGUGUAUGUUUACUCAGUGUGCCUAGUACUUUGUGCUUCAUUAAUUAAUGUUGGUAAACGUUCUCUACUUAAGGAUACAACAAUAUAUCUUAAACUUUGAGUAGCUAUUGCUCAGUGUUCUUGCUCACCAGUAUAACAUACCUCUGUUAAUAAAUAAUUUUUCAGCUAAUAUAGCUUUUGUGAAUAAACUGUGCAGAAUCUGCAAGUGAAAAACAGGGGUUAGAUUGAGUAUUGGCAAGCGUGUCUUGACCUUCAAUUACAACUCUGGAUACAGUUUUGGGCUACGGAUGAAGAUAUAUACAAUAUAUAAAUUGUCCAGCAUCUUGUCGGCCCUACAUUCUUUUUGAUAUAUUUAUUUAGAAAUUCAAUGGCAACUUAGUGGAAAGAGAAGAUAUUGUAGAAUUAGUGAAAACUUUUAUUUAGCCUUUACAUAUGUUGGGCUAUCCCCAUAUAGUGCAAUAUUAGGUAGUACAUAUAUUUCUUGUUUAAAUUACCUUUGAACCUAAUGCAUGUAGGAAACUGUAAAAUUUAAAAAAUUUGCUUUGUGUAUGAUCUCUCACUGAUCUUUCGAAUUCAGGGAACUGAAAAGUAGUCACAAUACACUGCCCAUAUCACUUCUUUCCGCAUUGAGUGUACAAAAUUAGGUCUACUGUGAUCGAGGUACAUUAGCUGGCAUGACUAAUUAAAUGCUCUAAUUUCUUAUGUGUAUUCAGGUAUCACAUGCAUUAAAUAUAUAUCAGUGAUCAGGAUUUUUAAAGCUCUGCAAAAAUAAAAAAGUUAUGAAAGUGUUACAACAUUGUAUACAAUUUAUCUUGAACACAUAGGUAUGUGUGUUUCUUUUUAUAGAGAUGUUCCAUUCUCCAUCAUCUACUUUCCAUUAUUUUCCAAUCUCAACAAACUUGGAAAGUCCUCUCCUGAUGACCGGGCUCCCUUUCUUCACUCAUUUGUUGCAGGCUGUAUAGCUGGCUCCACCGCAGCUGUGUCUGUCAAUCCCUGUGAUGGUAAGGUCAUAUUGCACUUUGUCCUCUCUCUGCCAAAGAAAAAAAAUUCUAUUUAAUCUAAGUGACAUUUGUUUCCAUUCCUUUUUAUUUCCUAUUUAGUGCCAGGAAUAUUAUAAAACAUUGAUCUGAGGAGAAAAAAAAUAACACUGUUAAUUUUUAUUCAUUAAAAUGUAUAUUAAUUGUUGAUACAAUUUCACGUUGAAUACAUCCUUCGUGCCCUUUUGUUAGUGUGCAUAUCAAAAUAUCUAAAUCCAUUUAAUUAAGUAAAUCAAGGUCAUUUUUGAAUUAACUUUAAUUUCUAUAUAACAUAUAUCUCAAUUGAGAUCUCUUUCCCUUUCCUAAUGCUUAAAAGGAUAGAUCCUCAAACAGAAACAGAUUAUACUGAUCCUAUAAGUACUCUCCAACGUAUUUAGAAUAGUUGUCUUUUAUAUACAUAUUUUACUUACCAUUUAGUGAUGUGCUUAAAAAAAAAUAAAAAAAAAUUAUUCUUUCAGUAGUGUACUUUAUCAAAAUAUCAUAGUCCUUAUAAUUUAAUGAAUCAGAAACCAUUACAUUUAGUGCCACAAUGAGAACUGUUUAGUUACCUGAAAGUAAAAAACUUCUUAUACGUUAAAAAUAAUAAAUCAUUUAUGUGAUUUUAAAUAGCAUAUACUGUGAGAAUUGAUUAGAGAAAUGUGAAAUACUAUAGAUGUAGUAGGGUUUCCCUGUAACCUAUUAGCAUAUUGAACUUAUUUGAAAAAUGCAAAGGGCUAGCUUUAUAGUUGGAUUGCACACUUGACAUUUGGCAGGUGGAUGGGGGACUAGUUGUAUGUGUAAUUUAUGAUAUGCACAGAUGUGAAUUUUUUUAAUAUGGUAAUUUGUUUUCUUUUUAAUAUUUCAUGUGCAAAAUUGCAGCUUUUUUUUAUUUGUGUAGACAAGCCGUUUGUAUUCUUUUGUUCUAUAAAUAAAGAAUAUUAAUUAAAAAAAUAAAAAAAUUGAUCUGUCAAUAUAUCCAUGGAUAAAAGCUACACAUUGCUAGUGAUCAAUGUUUCAAUCUAUACAGAAACAGAGCAGUAAUAGGCUAGUGGAAACUAAAUAUUUAAUAUAGGAAAUGAGCAAUUUCCUACUCACGGAAGCUCCAGACUUACCAAAUCUGUAUAUACAAAGCAUAUAUGUAUACAAAGAGAUAAAUGCAGAUGUAUCUGCUGUUAUUAUAUUACAUAGACAAAUGGGUAAUUGGGGCUACAUCUAGAACAUGCCGCCAAGGCCAUAAUAUAUACAAAUACAGAUUAAGGGAACAGUGCACACACAAAAAAAAAUUGUUUUAAAACCUAAUAGGCUACUUAAAAUCACCUAGCAAAUAAAUAUGGGGAUACUGUUACAUCUUAUUGCCAUAUUGUGUUAAGCCCACUACUACAUCACAGUACCCCAAUAUUUUACACUUUUUACUGGCACUAUAGGUUUAAUAGGUUCCCCACAGGACUGAAGGGGUUAAAAGCCCUUCAGCCACUUACCUGAAUUCAGUGCCGAUGUCCCUCGGCACUGGGUCCGGCCUGGCCCACUCUCCUCCCCGCCAACGUCAGCCGGCGGGGGAGACCUAAUGCGCAUGUGCGGCAAUGGCCACACGCUCAUUAGACCUCCUCAUAGGAAGGCAUUAUUCAAUGCUUUCCUAUGGUGAAAACCUGACGCUGGAGGUCCGAGAAUACUUCCAGCAUCAGAUAACGGGCCAAAAGUCCGUUUGGAUUCCGGAGGCCCUCUAGUGGCUGUCUUAUAGACAGCCACUGAGGGCAGACUUAGAGCUGCAAUGUAAACAUUGCAGUUUUCUGGAACUGCAAUGUUUUACAUUGCAGCACUAAGUUCAAAAGGGACAGAGCACCCAGACUACUUCAAUUAGCUGAAGUGGUCUGGGUGCCUACAGUGACCCUUUAACAUGGGAGACAAACAUUCUAUCUGUAAUACAUACUGCUUAAACUGCUUCCAUUGACUCUCCUCAAUGGCUUGGUGGUUUUAACACGAUAUGAACAUAUUGUGUAACAGAAUCCCAAUAUUUACAUGACAUGCUUUUCCAUAUUUAUUUUUUCAGUUAUAAAGACACGUCUUCAGUCAUUGAAUAAAGGAGCAAAUGAAGAGACAUAUAACGGGAUUAUAGAUUGUGUCAGGUAAGCUUGCAGGUUGUUUUAAACAAAAAACAAAUAUAUUUUAACGUUAUUUUGAAGAAAAACUGCUGUAUAUACAGGGCUUCCAAAUUAAUUUUUUGGGGCAUCAAAUCUGUAACUUUCAGGGGUUUUGUGAAUUUUGCAAAGACCCCCAAAGGUGACAUAUCUGGUUAAGGUCAUGUAGAUGAGGGGUGCAGUGGAAGGCAAGUUUUACGUAUCUUAAACUGUCCCACCUGGCUGCUACCAUCUUCUUCAGCUUGGUCUUCUUCAGCACCUUAAGCUUCAUUUGCCAAGAGCCGGGUCAGUGCUUUACUCUCACACAUGUGCGAGAGUACAACAGUGAGGUCUAUAGAUAAUCCUGCAGAAACCUCCAUACACGAGAGACCCACAUGGCUGAUGGGAUUGGAUAAAAGUUUACGUCAGAGUCCUGCUUUGACAACCUUUGAUUUAUCAUAGGAAAAAGUAGACCUCACUUUGUUAUGGUAGCUUUGAGUUGUGUUGGAAUGCAGCCAGAUUCAGUAUUUCGUAAAAAUCAUAUUGUUAUGAAAUUAUGAAAAGUGACAGAACUUCUUUAAAGAAACCACUACCUCCUGACCCCAGCAUACACCCCAAAACACAUAUAGACUUGGAUUUAUGCUCAGACAUUUCCAGACACACAGUUAUAGAGAUUUGCACUGCCAGGUACACAAACACAGACACACACUGCUAGACAUAGAUACAGUCCUAAAAAGUUUAUAUAUCUUAGCCAACCAACUGUUUUCUCACCCAUUUCUCUCAGGAGGGUGCCUUCCUUGGGAUCUAUUCGAAAUGGGUAGCUGAAACAAAUUUCUCUCCCCUCAUGCACUCUAAUUGAUUACAAUUAUUGCUCAUUGCAUUACAAGUUUUGGUAAAGUCAUCCGAUUGUUGGUUAGGUAAAUAAUUGUUUGUAUCUAUUUUUUUUUUUUUUUACAGAAAAAUUUGGAUCAAGGAGGGUCCUUCCGCGUUUUUGAAAGGAUCAGGAUGUCGAGCAUUAGUUAUUGCACCUCUGUUUGGUAUAGUCCAAGUUGUGUACUUUUUAGGUGUCGGAGAAACCGUUCUUGAAUUUGCCCAGUUCAGUUUAACAGCUUAAAUGCUUAACAGCUUAAAUGCAUGCAUUCCUUGCUACAAACUGUCCUGUGAUGAAACCAAAUUAAUCGAACUAGUAUGUUUUAACACCUAUUGAAAAGCCUCAUGGAAUAAUCACAUACUGUGCUGGGAAGGCUAGUUGGUUUUGUUACAGCAUGGAAACAAUACUUUUUAAAAUUACUUUAAUUAUUUUUAUAUAUUUUUUUGAGGGGGAAUUUGUUAUUUCUAAUCUUUCAGCACUUGGUUCUCACUGACCUCUAGGCAUUCCCUAGCUAUUUGGGAUUGGAGGGAGGGGGUGCAUUUUUUUUUUACUUUUUCUUUUUUUCUGAACAAUUCUGUAAAAUAUGAUGCGUUUAUACGUCAAUGAACUUUAUGAUGAAAGUUUCAGGGUUUAUUGAGAUAUAUAAUUUAUUUUUGUGAAAAGACUUGAAUUUUGUGGAUUGCCCCAUGAAAAUGUGUUUUUACUUGUCAUCACUAUUACUUUAUUGAGAGAAAUCCCUUAAUUUCUUUCUAUUUCCUUUUUCUUUGUACAGAGUAAAUGUACGUUUAGACCCUUUAAAUUAGUGAGUGUCUGGUAUCACUUCAGUAAAAAGCAUAUCAUGUAGUAGAAAGUAAACUCCCAAAAAGUCCCAAUGAUAUUUUUAUUUAAAUUUAUUAUUUUUAAAUGUGGUUUAUUUUUUAUUAAAAAAAAUACCUUUUGGCAAGCAUUAAACCUCGUACUUAAUGAACAUCAGUAGCUCUAUACAGCACUGGUAUAAAAAUAAUUAAUCAUCUAAUUUGUGGUUAAAAACUACACUCUCUUGAUGGAAUAGACAUUAAGGAGUUAAUGAAAUGAUACAGAAUAUUACAUUAAAAAUCUAAAUAUAACAUGCAUAUGACUAAUAUUGUAGCAGCAAAUUAUAGUAUAUUGAUAGUUCAAUUUACAAAACAUUCAAAAGAAACAUAAAUUUAUUGAUACAAUUUUACCUAUGUAUUUACAAGGUCUAUGUAAUAAUCCUUUAAUGCUUAUCAUUAUCUAGACUUACGCCAAUAUUUCUCUCACAGAUGAAGAACUACCGUAUAUACUCGAGUAUAAGCCGAGUUUUUCGGCACAUUUUUUGUGCUGAAAAACCCCAACUCUGCUUAUACUCGAGUCAGUCUGUAUUAUGGCAACUUACAUUGCCACAAUACAGACCAGGACCGCUGGGCUCAUUACAAGCCCGGCGGUCCUGUUGGGGGCUGACAGCGAGCUGUUACUUACCUUUCCUGCAGCUCCUGUCAGCUCCCUUCUCCUCCGUGCAGCUCCUCUGUCAGCUCCGUUCUGCUCCCAGUGUAAAUCUCGCGAGACUUACACUGUGAGCAGAACGGAGCUGACAGAGGAGCUGCACGGAGGAGAAGGGAGCUGACAGGAGCUGCAGGAAAGGUAAGUAACCGCUCACUGUCAGCCCCCCCAUGAACUGCCAAUGCCACUGGACCACCAGGGAUUUAAUAUUAUUAAGAUAAUAUAAUAUUAUUUUAUUUUAUUAUAUUAUUAUUAUUUUAAUAUUUGCCUUAUUUUUUUUUUACAUUUUUUUUGUCCCCCCUCCCUGC